GUUUCCACUGUGCGGCUCGGAGUCUGCAGGCCGUCAACAGAAAGCAGAGGUUCUCCGGAGGUCUCCGUGCUGUCUGCUCCCCUCUUCUCUGCGGUCACAUCCUCACUCAGCCAUGGCGCAGGGCCUGAAGGACAGGUUCGAGAAGUUUCUCCACGAGAAGAACAUGAUGACGGACGUCCUGGCGCGGAUCGAGGCCCGGACCGGAGUCAGCAGGACCUACAUCGCCCUGGCUGUGGUCGCUGUCAUCGCUGUGUAUCUGGUCAUCGGAUACGGAGCCUCCCUCCUCUGCAACCUCAUAGGCUUCCUCUACCCGGCGUACAUAUCCAUCAAAGCCAUCGAGAGCGCCACCAAGGACGACGACACCAAGUGGCUGACCUACUGGGUGGUGUACGGAGUCUUCAGUGUGGCCGAGUUCUUCGCCGACAUCUUCCUCUCCUGGUUCCCCUUCUACUACAUUGGAAAGUGCGCCUUCCUGGUGUGGUGCAUGGCCCCCACCCCCUCCAACGGCUCCGUGCUGAUCUACAACCGCAUCGUCCGGCCGUUCUUCCUCAAGAACGAGGCCAAGAUCGACGACGUCGUGAAGAACAUCAAAGACAAGGCGUCAGAGGCCGCAGACAAGUUUAAAGAUGAGGCCAAGCGAGCCACGGCAAACAUCAUGUUUGAGGAGAAGAAGAGCACCUGAGGCGGAGGCGGGGACCCGGGCGUCUCUCCACACAACAUGUUGCCUUGAAACCUUUGUUUGGAAGAAAUGUGUUACGCUCCCUGAACACGUGUCUCAGUCGAAGCCAUUCCACUCCACAGAUCACUUAUUUAACUUUGCCUUGCGCAGUGUGCGUCUGCCUCGCUCUGCUUUGUCAGCCAAAUAAAGAACUCCCACUCACA